UGUCCGUCACACCAGUUUAGUUGUAACCACCCACUUCAAAGAUGGAGGACGAUAUCUCAGACUUGAGCAGACCACAAAUGUACUUGUUUGGUUGUACCCUCAAAUCGGACAAACAGGAGUUCAAAGUUGACGUAGACGACGAUGAUACGGAGCAACAGCUGUCACUCAAAGCAGUGUGUCUGGGAGCUGAGGCUGAGGAUAAUUUUCACAUGGUGGAAGUCGAAGGCCUCACUUAUGAUGGAAAGACGACCAAAGUGCCACUGGCUGUCCUGAAACCGUCCGUCCUGCCUUCUAUGAGUUUAGGGGGAUUUGAGAUCACGCCUCCAGUUACUUUCCGUCUCCAGUCAGGCUCUGGACCAGUUCACAUCAGCGGGCAGCAUUUUGUUAGUGUGAAGGAUUCAGAGGAUGAAGAAGAGGAGAACAACACAUCGCCAGUGAAGCGGCCUGCAAGCCUGUUAUCGGGGAAAAAGCCUCCAUUGAAAAAACUAAAGAUGGAUUCUGACGACGAUGAAGACGACAGCGAUGAGGAUGAUGAUGACGAUGACGACAGUGAAGAAAAUGGUGUGAAGCCCGAGAAGAAUGUUGGAAAAGAUCUCAAAAAAAGCCAAGAGUUUUCAGCAAAGAAGCCCAACAAGACUGUGGUUAAACAAAACUGCCCCGCAGGAAAGCCGUCAGGAUCAGCGGUCAAACCACAGAUGAAGACACCUGUCCUAGGAAAAGACAAAACCCAGGCUGGCCCAUCUAAAUCUCCCCCUCUGACUGAGAUUAAGAAGAAGUUGUCAACGGCAGCCAAGGAGGGAAAACCACUACCCAAGACAGAGCAGAAGUUUGAGAAUUUUGUGAAGAGUUCUUUUAAAAUCUCAGACAAAAAUGUGGUCAAGGAUCUUUGGAGCUUUGUACAAACACUGAAGAUUGAGAAGAAGUAACAAGCCUUGUACUUUGUAACAUUUGUAUGUUUUGCAUCCUACAAGACAUUUAAAGGCACAGUCAGCGAGAUGUCCUACUUGGCCUUAUGUCAUCAUGGCUAAAUAUUAUUUGGAGUGAACAGAAGGACUAAGUGCUGAAAAAUGGGUAAAGCCAUUGAUGACUCAGGUGUCAUCGGGUUUUAAGAUCCGAAGCACCUUCUAGAGCUAGUUCGUAAUUCACUCACAAACUCGCUCAUUCACGUUUAGCUGUCAACUUCAUUGCAUGCCAAUCUGCACCACCUAUAGGGAAAGAAAGUAAUAGCACCACCAAUCAGGACCUACAGAUGUCUUUGCAGGAAAGAAAUAGCUGCUGCAAUGUUAACACUUGCGCCACCUGCAGGCGAUAAAUGUUGCACCUGCAGAUUUUUAUGGUCGCUAUAUAUAACAUAUUUAAAUUGGCAACAACAUAAUUCAAGUAUUCAAAGCCAAGGCAGACAAGACAGAACCUAGUCAAGUUAUUCAUUGCUAAUAAGUGUAUGUGGCCCCUCUGUCCUACCCUUUUUUAAAUAGUAUUCUUUUUUUACCACAAGGAGUAGUUAAAAAACAAACAUUUUCAUAACUUGCCAACGAGGGCUCUUUGAUGUAAAAUAUAAAUCCUUGAACAGCAGCUAUAAAAAUGAAAGCAACUGCAGGAGGUGUAACUGUCAAAUUACAGAAGCUAUUCCUUUCCUUGCCUGAAGAAGGUGAGAGGCAUGCCUUGAUCUGACUUUCUUCACGUAUACUCGGCACCUGUUGCAAACUGCUGGUGCUAUAGCUCUGCAAAAUGAUGAUAUGGGCUGAGCCCGGUGUCAGGUGCUUCACAUCCAUGACACUGUGGGUCCUUCUUAAUUCAACAAUGCAAUAGGAGAUAUUGCAGAAUGUGCCUUUAAAUAUCUUUACUGUAAACUGAGAUCAAUCAGAGUCCCAUUUUGUUUGAAUUUAAGCAGUAUAAGGCUGACAGCUGAUACAGGGGGACAAUGUCUAGUUUUGUUUUGUUUUUUUAGGUUCUGACUGGCUUUACAAAGCAUUUUUUAGCUUGCAAAACACUUACAGAUUGUACUAUCACUUUGUCUGGCAUAAUUGCUCUAUACAUAUUGUACAGGAAUUUGUCAGUAAGUCAAUACAAGAUUCUUUUUUAAUUGUGUCAGUCAGUUUGGUCAUAGCUUCUACUGCAGCUGAACAUGCAGUCAUUAGUUUUUAAAGUUGCCCAACAACACCAAAUGUUAUUUUUUUUCUUUAUGUUUUUAAAACUUUUCAGUUGAAUAGUGAAAACAAAUACUAGAAUCUGUAAGAUCCAAGUGCGGUUGUAACAUUGUGACCGUUGCAUAUCGUUGCCAGUUAAUCUGAGUAAAUGUCCAGGAACACACCUGACAUUUCUGUAUGAGAGCAGUGUCAUUCUUCUUUCUUUCAAUGCUUUCAACACAAAUGUUGUUAUGUUUAUGUUAUCUAAAUUUGCAGAACCUGCCAAUAUUGCAAACCUGCUGACUAAUUCUAUUUCAGACGGCAUUUUCGGGAGUGGGAAUUUAUAUCAAGCCUGUGAACAUCUGUGAUAACCUGAGGUUUUCUUUACAGUGAUUGCAAAAUCUGUAGUAAAAAAAUAUCAAGAGCAGUACACAAAACAUUGAGUAUUAUGAGCUCUAUAAAACCCACACAGGUGCGUAGACUAAAAUGCUUUUCUUUAAAGUAAUUUAUUUACAUGAUGCACAAAAACCAGGCAAAAGGAUUUCUAACUAGCUCCGGGACUAUAUUUACGAUGUGGUAUUUGCUGUGUAUUUCUGUGUACUCUAAUGCACUAAAAACUGGUUACAAAACUAUGUUCAAUUCAAUUUUAUCCAUAGUAUCAAUUCAUAACAAGACACUUUACAGAUAGAGUAGGUCUAGAACACACUGUAAUUUACAAGGACCCAACAAUUCUAGUAAUUCCCCCAAGAGGAAAAACUCCUUUUUAUAGGAAGAAACCUCAGACAGAACCAGGUUAUCUCAUUUAUUACAACAUAAUCAUAAGGCAUAUAUCAUAAUAUUUCAUUAGAGUAACAUCACGUCACCUUUACAGAAACCCCAUAAAGAACUCAACCCCAUAAUUGUUUGCACUCUUGUAUAUCAGUGCUCUAAUGCCAAUAAGCAUACAAUCACUCUGUGCUUAUGUGUUUAUGAUCCUGUAUAAUGCCUUUUUAUGAGCCAAAUGUUGGCAGUUAGAUACCUGCUUUAACUAAUUAUAUUGCUUGGGUUUACCCUUCAUGUUGGGAAAUUCCUUAGCUGUAAACUUUACUUCCUCAACUAAUUUAGGUCAUUAAAGUUGCCCAGAUAAUUUACCUCUGUAGUGUCCUCUUUGUAGAGAGGUUUCAGUAGAAGCAGGUUGCAAUUCUUAUGAUUUAGUUUUGGUUGCGUAUGAUUUCAUGGCAGUUGUUCAUUAAUGGUUUGUAAUACUUGUAUCAAAUUUGAUCUACUCUUUUUCUGUGAAUACAUCUCUUGCUUUUAUUUAACAGUACGGCAGCUGAACAAUUUUUUUUAAGUGAAUGCUUAAUCCGCCCUUGCUAAUAGGUGAUUCUGCAGCUUGGCAGUAUUGUUGUGAUCUUUAUUUGAAACAUUCUGUUCUAGUUUGGCAUAGAAAUGUUUUAUGUUGAGUGUAAAACCCCCUUUUAAAUGUGUGAAAUACUGUCUUGUUUUUAUGUUUUAUGUUAGCCCUGCUGUUGGUCAUCUUUAGGUUGUCCAACUUUUUAUUGUGUAAUUUGAAAGCCAGUCCCUUCAUAUGCUCUAAUGUGAAAAAAGAGAAAUUGUGGUCUUUGACAAUAAACUGAUGUAGGUUUAGGGCACAAUGUGGUUGAAAAUUGACAAAAUACAAUUAGCUCACAAUGCUAUUAGCAUGAUAAAACAUCAAGUUUAUAGCAGCAUUAUAAAUGUUUUCUGGAUUUUGAGUAGUACUAGUAAGCAUCAAAUUAUGUUUCAAUCCAAUGACCCUUUGUAUUUUCUUUAUCCAUAAUUUUGCCUUGUAUCUGUGUCCUGAUGUGGUGAGAGACAUUUUCAAUUGACAAGAAACAAGGCUUGUACGGAUUUACUGUGUAUGUCAAUGCAAACUAAAUUGUAAUACACUGUACUAUUGAUAUAAGUACCGGUAGAUGAUUUCUUGGCUGACUCAACGUGUUGAACAAAAUUGCAUUUUUUCCGUUUAGUCAAAUUUUAUUGAUUAGUUUAUGCAUGACUGCCAAUGGUAGAUAUUCAGUCAUUCAUGGUUUAAUGAGAUAAACAUCAAUCGAUUUAUUUUAAUCUCCCUGUAACAUUUACCUGAAUAAAGUAAAUUCUAGCUGUU